CGCCUUCGGACGCGCAGAGCGAGGGGCGGCUGGACCGACGGCUACCCGGCCGGGCGCACGGGAGGUCGCGACGCGGGGAGCGCUGUCGGCCGGGACGCGGGUUGCCUCGGUGUCCUUGGCGGGCGCUCUGGUCACAGGCUGUCUGUCCCUAGCCCAGAGAGCACCCCCUGGACCACCAUGACUGGACUGCUGAAGAGGAAAUUUGACCAGCUGGAGGAGGAGGACUCCUCAUUCUGCUCCUCUUCAUCAUCCUCCUCGUCCUCUGGCCGCCUCUCUGGCUCCUGUUCCCCAAGCUCCUCUGUCUCCCCUGCCUGGGACUCAGAUGAGGAGGAACACUGGAAUCAGGUGCCCCUGCCUGACCAGGACUUCUGUGGCCCCCGCACUUUUACCCCCCUGUCCAUCCUGAAGCGGGCUCGCAGGGAGCGCCCAGGCCGUGUAGCCUUUGAUGGCAUCACCGUCUUCUACUUCCCACGGUGCCAGGGAUUCACCAGUGUGCCCAGCCGUGGUGGCUGUACUCUAGGCAUGGCCCAUCGCCACAGUACCUGCCGCCGCUUCUCCUUGACUGAGUUUGCACAAGAGCAAGCCCGGGUGCGGCGCGAGAGACUCCGCCAGCGCCUGAAGGAGGAAAAGUUGGAGGCACAGCGGUGGAAGCUUUCGGCAGCUGGGAUACCCGAAGAGGAGGCAGACCUGCCACUUUCGGUGGAUGCCAUCGAUGAUGCGUCUGUGGAGGAGGACUUGGCAUUGGCUGUGGCAGGUGGUCGGUUGGAGGAAGUGAACUUCCUACAGCCACACUCAGCUCGGCAGCGGAGGGCCCUGCUGCGGGCUGCGGGGGUGCGAAGGAUUGAUCGAGAGGAGAAGCGGGAGCUGCAGGCACUGCGCCAAUCCCGGGAGGAUUGUGGCUGUCACUGCGAUCGGGUCUGUGACCCUGAGACCUGCAGCUGCAGCCUGGCAGGCAUCAAGUGCCAGAUGGACCACACAGCAUUCCCCUGUGGCUGCUGCAGGGAGGGCUGUGAGAACCCCAAGGGCCGUGUGGAAUUUAAUCAGGCGAGAGUUCAGACCCACUUCAUUCACACGCUCACUCGCCUGCAGAUGGAGCAGGGGGCAGAGAGCCUUGGGGAGCUGGAGGUCCCAACUCACAGUAGCCCACCCAGCCCUGGUGAGCAGGCCUUGGUCUCUACUUUCCCACUGGCCAAGUCCCCUGUGAACAGUGAGUUGGAAGACAACAGCUGCAGCAGUGACAUGACCGAUUCCUCCGCGGUGUCUUCCUCAUCAUCUGUCACCAGCGAGGCCCCAGACCACCCCACACACCCCAGCCCACAUGGUCCUGGCUUCCAGUCUGGCAUGGAUGAUGACAGCCUGGCCCAGAUCCUGAGUUUCAGUGAUUCUGACCUCUGUGGCGAGGAGGAGGAAAUGGGUGUGGGAAACUUGGAUAACCUCAGCUGCUUUCACCUGGCUGACAUCUUUGGUACUGGUGACCCUGGUGGCCUGGCCAGCUGGACCUACAGCUACUCUGGCUCAGGCCUCACAUCAGGCAUCCUGGAUGAAAAUGCCAACUUGGAUGCCAGCUGCUUCCUAAAUGGUGGACUUGAAGGAUUGAGUGAAGGUGGCCUUGCUGGCACCCCAGUGCCACCCGGGGUGGAUGUUGGCCAGAGCAGCUCAGUAGACCUCAGCUUGUCUUCCUGUGACUCCUUUGAACUGCUCCAGGCCCUGCCAGAUUACAGUCUAGGGCCUCACUAUACUUCCCAGAAGGUGUCUGACAGCCUGGACAACCUCGAGGCUCUCCACUGCCCCCUGCCUGGCCUCUCUCCUCCGGGGGAUGCUAGCACUUGCUUCCUGGAGUCCCUUAUGGGCCUGUCCGAGCCAGUUGCUGAAGUCCUGACUCCUCUUCUCGACAGCCAGUUUGAUGACACUGCCUCAGCAUCUCUGGUGGGGCCAGUGCCUGUGUGAGGACUGGGAUGCCCUUCCCACUCCAAGAGCCCCACUGCUGCUCUUUUGUGAUUUUGGGGCUCCCCAAGGUCUGUAUGUAACAGUCUCCCAUUGGCUGACUCGGCCUCAGGUGCUGUGCGGCCACUCCUGGUUUUCACAUAACACUCUGAAUUUAUUUAUUUUUAUUAAUUUUUCUAUGCUGAAGAGGGGGUGUGGAGGGAGCUUCCCCUUUCAGCGCCUAGCCCCCAUAUCCACACAGUGCUCUUCCACACAUGAGCCAGGAGAAGAUGGGGCUUCACAGGCCCAUUUCGGUCUCUGUUAUGAUGCUCCUUAUCUCAGAAACAGUGAGACACAGCUGUUAUCAGGCAUGUCAGCUUCUUAGGCUGCCCGAGCCCUACACCAUGGGUGGCUAGAUCUUCUGGACUGUGAAGACUAAUUUAUUUCUGUAAUUUAUUUGAACACUGAGGCAGCUUUGGCUGUGCCUCUCUGGCACAGCUGGGUCCUUGUUCUGCACUCUGACCUGUGCAGUCUUUGGUGUGGACAGGUGUGACCUGUCAGCUGCCUGGCUCCUAGAUGGCUGAGCAGGCAGAGGCUGAGGUGGCCAACUGUGACUAAAACCCUCUCUGCCCACCAGGCGCCUCUGCUUCCUGUCCUUCCUAAAGGCUACAGCCUUUAGUCCUGGUCUGUGGUGAAGGUGUGUGUGUGGGGGGAGCCAGAGGCACAGAGGGUGGGGGGACUUGCCGAGGGGCACAAAGCAUGCCCUGCAUAACCACUUAGGGGCUUACACUGCACUCCAUCCUGGCCAUGUGCUCUGAGGCCAGUUGGUAAGGGGUGGCUUUUCAGGGCUUUUAUGCCCUUCAUUUGCUCAUGGUUGAAUUUUGCAUCCAUUUUUAUAUUGUCCCUAAGUGUCAGAACUAUAAUUUAUUCAUUUCUCUGUGUGUCUGUGCCAAGAAACCCAGGCUCUGGGCCUGCACCCUUGCCCAGGAGGCCCUGCCAGCCUGCGUGCUUGUGGGAACACAUUGUACCUGAGCCGACAGGUACCAAUAAAGAGGCUCUAUUUUUAACAGUGUCGUCUGCAUUAGUGAGUUGAGAAGCAUGGGUACACCCCCAGCAGGGAGGUGGGGAGAGGGGGCUGCAAGGCAGUGUGGACACUUGAGGCUAUGUUAGCAGGUGGGUAGGAGAGUAUUCCCCUGCUUCCAGGAACUUGACAGCAAGGAAGCCACCUGAGACCAGGGGUCACCCUGAGGUGCAGCAGCCAGGGACUCUGCUGGGGUAGUGCUAUCUGCUUGAGAUGAGUGAGGGCACCCUCUUUUCCAUACACAACUGAGUUGAGGCCAGACCCACAGGGUGAUGUCAUUCCCAGGGCAAGGCCAGUGGGAUAUGGCUGGUGGAGGCCUGACUCUGCAGCUGUGGUCCUGGGGACUUGAGCUCUGGAAGCUGCAGGACCUCAUCCAUCUACACUAGCUAGACCUGUCUGACCUGUCCCUGGCAGCCCCAGUGGGCUGUAGGCCAGAGAAGCAGGCCUCACCCUGCCCUGGGGAACCGAGGCUGGGAGCUGGAGGAGGCAGGUCCACCUCCCCCUUAGGAAUGAUAAUGAUUUGUCUCCAUGCUGGGAGGAGGAACCACCAGGAGACCCUUUCUGUGCUCUAAUACUUCCUCUGUUGGUCUGUGCUGGGCUCAUUCAGGAGCAAUGGACUUAGAAUGGUACAAAAUCCAGCUCUUCAUGAAGUGACUUACGCAAAUUACCUGCUCUGUACUUGAGUGAACUCAAUACUGUACAAAUAAUAACACUGCUUAUCUCAUGAGCUUGUUCACUUCAUAUAUGCAAAACACUUUGAAGAGGGCCUAGAACAUGUAAGCCCUGCAUGUGUGUAAUUUCCUGUCUACUUUCACCUUUCUGCAAGUUUAAUUUUUUUUUUGCCAGAUCUGUCACUCUUUAGGUCUGUCUUUUGCUUCUGGACAUGCAUGGACAUGAUUACCUGACCACUGCAGUAACCAUUGGAGGACUCAUGGCUUGGAGUCUGGCCUGUGAUGGGGCAACAUAUCCCCGUAAGCAGCUUAGCCAGAGAGAGUGAGGCCUUAGGCUUCUCAGGUAGUGCCUCAUCUAUUUAGUGGUCCUGUCUCCUUUUGCAGGAUCGCUUUGGUAUGUGUGUGAUUCAAUGUCUGGUUAUCUCCAGGGGCUCUGAGAGUUGGCUCUGAUUUUCCUGGGGGUCUGGGUGGCAGCCUUCCACAGCACCAGUGCCCUGGUGAGAUGUCCCACGGCUACUAUUCCAGCUCACGACUGGAUGGAGGCCUGCCUGUUUCCAUCUAGCGCCACAGGGUCAAUCCCUGGGGGUUUUUUUGUUUGAUUUUUGAGAUAAUAAAGAGAACUUGGGUUUUACAAGAAAACUUGAUGAAUGCAUCAACCCUUUACAGCAUCAAUCUCCUUAUAGACAGACCUACUUCUCAGUCAGCCUCCCACCAAAACUGGGUUGUAAAACAAAUCAAAGGCAAAGGAUCUGGGUUUUCCCAUAGGAAAGAUGGUAGAAAUCUGGAGAAAGCAUUCUGAAUCACCAGCUCAUACCAGGAGGCUCUGCAAUGUGAUCAGUAUGUUAUAAAAACAAGCCUCACAGCCUGGCGCUGGUGGCUUACACUUGUAAUCCUAGCUACUCAGGAGGCAGAAAUCAGGAAGAUCACAGAAGCCAGCCUGAGUAAAUAGUUCCCGAAACCCUAUUUCAAAAAACACCCAACACUAAAGGCUGGUGGAGGUGCUCAAGUGCUAGAACCCCUGCCUAACAAGCGUGAGGUCUGAGU